AUGGUAAACCUGGCUGCCAACACAGUCAUUCGCGGCGGCUAUUCCAAUCAGAGCGGCACCAGGACGAUGCAGUUCAACGGUGCUGCGGCAGAGAGCGGGAGUCCUGGCUCGGGCUAUUGGCUACCGAGUCUGGCAACUCUGGGGACGCAACCCCUGGCCGGAGAUGGCUACCAGUUCUUCCGCGAUGUUACGGACUUUGGGGCCGACAACACGGGCAAAACGGACGCCAGUGAGGCCAUCAACGCGGCUGUCAGCAGCUGGAGCAAGUCGUCGGCGAAGGGCGGCGACACUCGCUGCGGCAAAACCUGCGGCAACACGUUCACGCAGGGCGCCAUCGUCUACUUCCCGGCCGGCACCUACAAGAUCUGCAAGCCCGUGGUCCAGCUGUACUACACUCAGUUCAUUGGGGACGCGAGUAAGCCCCCGACGAUCAAGGGAUGCCGCACCUUCGAGGGGAUCGCGCUGUUCGACACGGACCCGUACAUCCCCGGCGGCGCGGGCGCGCAGUGGUACAUCAACCAGAAUCAGUUCUUCCGGCAGAUUCGCAACUUCAUCUUCGACAUGCCGCGCUCGACGGCCGAGAAUGACCAGCAGCUUGUGCCGACGGGAAUCCACUGGCAGGUGGCGCAGGCAACGUCGCUGCAGAACCUUGUCUUGAACAUGCCCAAGAGCAGCGGCAGCUCUUCGGCAAACGCCACUACGGCUGUGGGGAUUUUCACCGAAAACGGCAGCGGGGGUUUCGUGUCCGACCUCACGUUCAACGGCGGCAGCAUCGGGUGGCGGGUGGGAUCACAGCAGUUCACGGCGCGCAACCUCAAAUUCAACGACUAUCUUACGGCCAUUCAGAUGAUCUGGGACUGGGGCUUCACCUGGCAAGGCAUCGAGAUCCACGGUGGUGCCGCCGGCUUCAACAUUUCCGGGGCCGGCGGCGCUACGGGCCAAGGCACCGGAAGCGUUUCCUUGGUCGACUGCUCGGUGAAUGAUGUGCCCGUCGGCAUCUUGACAAGCAACAAUGCAGCCAAGGCACCGAACAUAGUCUUGGACAACACCGUCUUCUCCAACGUGGACAGGAUCAUCCAGGCCGACGGCGGGGACACGAUCCUGUCUGAGAACUCACACCUGUGGGCAACCGGCAAGCGCUACAACGGCUCUGUCGGCUCAUCCAGGGCAGGGAAUGUCGAGGCACCGGCCAAAGCAAAGUCCCUUCUUGACAAGAAUAGCAAGCUCUUUGUGCCCUCGCGGCCACAGUACGAGACGUUGAGCGCCGACUCCUUCCUGGCGGCCACCACGGAUGGCGGCUGCCAGAACAACGGGACGGGCGACCAGACAAUCUGCCUCAACUCGUUCCUGCAGAAGGCCGUGGCCGCAAACAAGAUCGCCUUCUUUCCGGCGGGCAUCUACACGGUGGGGCGCACCGUGAUGAUCCCGACGGGCUCGCGGGUGCAGGGUUCGAGCUGGUCCCAGAUCCAGGGGGCGCGCUAUUACUCUGGCGAUAUGCAGAAUCCGAAGGUCAUGGUGCGGGACGGCAACAGGGGCGACGUCGGCACCAUGGAAAUCGUGGAGAUGCUGUUCUCGGUCCGAGGCGGCACCGCCGGCGCCGUGCUUAUGGAAUGGAACACGGCCGCGGUCGACCAGGGAGCAGCGGCCAUGUGGGAUUCCCACUUCCGUGUUGGCGGCGGCAAGGGCACGGAUCUCGACUUGGUCCGCUGCCCCAAGUUCAGCGCCAACGACGACUGCAUCGCCGCCUCGCUGAUGUUUCACCUCACGGCCCAUGCAUCCGGAUACUUCGAGAACGUGUGGGCGUGGGUGGCAGACCACGACAACGACGUCUCCAUAUACAACCAGCCCGACUCGUCAUCCACGCAGAUCAGCAUCUUUGGUGCCCGCGGAAUGCUGAUCGAGUGGCAAGGCCCGUCGUGGCUCUACGGCGGGGGCUCGGAGCACUCGGUCCUGUACAACUACCUCCUUAGCGACGCCAAGAGCGUCUACAUGGGCCACAUGCAGACGGUGUCCCCGUACUUCCAGCCCAACCCGGGCGCACCCGUUCCCUUCGAAGCAGCGUCCGAGUUCGCCAAUGACCCCGACUUCAGCCAGUGCAACCUUACGGCCAGCACCGUGGACGAGCGGUGUCGCUACGCCUGGGGUCUUCGGGUCGUCGACUCGACCGAUGUCACGAUCCACAGCGCCGGUCUGUACAGCUUCUUCAACGAGUACUACCAGGACUGCAUCGAGACGAACAACUGCCAAGAGCGCAUCCUGGAAAGCGACGCCAACCAGCGGGGCUUCACGACCGAAGUGGGCGUGUGGGUGCCGCUUCCCGGCAAGAACCACGACAAUGUGGUGUAUGUCGGCCCUGACAUCUUCACCAAGCCCACCAUGAGUUGCUCGGCCCCCUGCGUGCUGCUACACUACCUCAUUCGAGAGUACGGCACGGUCACGACGACUUCGUUGCAUGGCGCUCCGACCGCUGUCUUUGUCACAUCCACCACAACGGUGAUCAUCUCGAUCCCCCCGAUCACCGUCAGCGGCAUGCCCUACUCCAAUGUCAACGUCACGUCUGGCGGGGAAGCAGAGAUCACCGUCUACCCCAGCAUCAGCGUUCCCCCAGUCACCGUCGGGAUUCCCGACGGCAGAGGAAGCACGACGUCCCGAACAGUCCCCCUGCCGCCGUGGCCCUUGGUGAAUCAGGGGCCCAGCGGCACCAACUUGAUCACCGAUCCGGGCAGGGAGUCCCCCAGCAAGAAUAACACCAACACUGGCUCCUUGACAAGCCGCACCACAUACCACACGGGCAUCACGUCCACCGUUGUGGCUCCUUUUGGACUGACGGUCACGACCGUGACAUUCCCCCGUUCGAUCGUCCCGACCACCAUUUCGUGCCCUGCCACGACAGAAAUCGCCUUCGCCACACCGGCCAUCACGGUCCGCACAACGUGCACCGAUUCGGGCUCCCUUGCCCUCACCUUUAGCUGCCCGGCCAGCAAGAUUGGCAUGCUCCUUGCGGCCACGGUGGCCGUGGUAAAUGCGGACUGCACCUUGGUCACGGCCUGGAGCACAGGCCAAUACGCGUCCUCGACGACGGAGCCGCUGCCGGUGUGGGUCACGUGGCCGCGCUACGGCAGCAUCGUGCCCGUCACAACGCCGGUGAGCAGCCCGCAGCCGACGGACAACGGCGUGGUCGUGCCCUGCAGCCUGUGGUUCUCCUUCCUCUGCAUCUCGUGGGGCGAGAUUCACGGCGACGGCUGGGUGCUGGCCCUGCCUCCGGGCACCUACGGCCCGGGCCCGCUGCCGCCGGACUACAUCCGAUGGCCUCCCGGGUUCGGGCUUCAAGGCACGGUGCCGCCCUGGCCCCGCAUCACCAUCGGAGACGACCACUGGCUCACGACCGACGACAAGCAGCCCGAGUGCGAGACCCAGACGGCACAGCUGUGCACCACCACGACCUUCUUCUCGGCCACGACGACGAGCCACGGCGUGACGACAACCACGCUGACGUCUACGUCGGAGCACUGCGAGACCAUCACCGGCUGCUCCGUCCGGGACUCGCAGUCGUCUGCCACGUCGACCAACGUCGAGGUGGGCACGCAAGUCAUCGCGCCCGUAGGGACGUGGUACAGCGAGGCAUGGCCGGCGCCCGACAUGGGUGCCGCGUACGGCAGCUCCGUGUUUGCCGUGUUGAGCGCCGACAUCGCCGCCGACAGCGCCCGUGCUGGCGGUCCCGCCAUCAGCUUCAUGUCCGGGCCGACCGCGUCCCCGACCUGCGUGAGCGGCACCGGCUGCGGCGGCCGCCUCUGCUCCGGCUACUGGUGCACGCCCCAUCCGUCCGACCCCAACUCGGUCGGCUACUCGGCGCCCAGGACGACCAUUAAGUCCUCCUCCUCCUCCACCACCACCAUCACCAGGUCGAAAACCUGCACUAUCACGGACCUCGUCAAGCACCACGACGACGACGACGAAGACGGCUGA